AUGGAGAGCGGGAGAUCGUCCCCGACUUGGGAGGGACCACCUCCCGUUCUAAACUUCCCUGCUAUUAUUCCCAUCAGCGAGCAAGACCUCGCAAAUCUGCCGAAAGUAACCUUUGACCAAAGCCUCUUGCGGGUCGCAGAAAAUGGUAUUGAGAUCCCCCUUUGUUUGGCCGGCCCCAUGCUGGUGCUGCAGGCAAAGCACAACGAACAAGUCAGUUCCACGCCAAUGAGGAGCUUCUUAGAGGAGAUAGCCGGUGUAGAGACUUCCUCGCCAGGCCUGGCAGGCAGAGGUUCUGCAAUUCGCAAGAUGUCAACAUGGCUCCUCUAUCAGUGUGAAACUCUCGACCAAUGCAAAAACGCUCUUAAACCCACCCCACCGCUGGUUUUGUUUGAAAUAAUUGUGGAAAUCAUUCGUCGCCUUGAGCCGGUGCCCUUCUAUGUGACCCUUCGGACAUGCAGGGUGAUGGAGAAGGUGAAUUUUCUGAAUCCAAAUGAUCCCUUCGACCCGACGGAUGCGGAGUUGUGUCAGGAGACCCCGGCGAUGUUCUGGUCAGACGUAGAGGGCAACGCGAACCCAACGCAAAUCGAGUACAAGAAGCUGUGUGAGACACAGGUGCAAAAUACUUUCAUCACAAGCACCCGUUUAGGCGUAUUGAAUAUCGUCAACUGUCUCUUUUUUAAAGACCUCUACCUAACCCGUAGUUACUUGAUGCGGAACAUUGUCCGAUUUCUAAUCAUAAACCUCAUUGCACUCGUGCGCAAAUACUGUUUUUACCUGUGUUCCGAAUUCCCACUUCUAAUGACACCGCUUUACAUUAUUCAUGAGGCGCAGUUGAAGCCCUUCCAGAUUAGAAGCGUUCUUAAUAAUGUUGCAAAGGCUUUUGGUCCCCUGAUUUUCCGUCUGGAUGUGCGCUGGCGCAACCACAUAAUCAGGACUCACGACCUGAUGGACUCGGACAAUCUCGAAAGGGAGGUGGCUGCAAUGGCACGAAUUCUAACCGAGAGCAUAAUGCGGAACAUCCUGUGUACCAACAGCGACUACGCCUGGAUGCCAGGCCGGCCGAUGUCUGCAAUUAUCUACCACACAAGUUCAAACUGUCCGGACGAGUGCAUUUGUCGAUUUCUCCCCGAUUAUAUUGGUAAUGAUAUGUUGGCCACUGAGGUCACAUAA